UCGUCUCCCCGAUGGCACCGCUCUUGGGCCGGAAGCCCUACCCGCUGGUAAAGCCGCUGGCCGAGCCGGCAGGCCCAGAAGAAGAAAUCUACACCGUGGAGCACACCAAGGAGGCCUUCAGGAACAAAGCAGAUUACGAGGCUCGCUUGCAUAGGUACAAUGAGCGGAUCUGGACCUGCAAGAGCACCGGCAGCAACCAGCUCACUCACAAAGAGGCCUGGGAGGAAGAGCAGGAGGUGACCGAGCUGCUGAAGGAGGAAUACCCUCUCUGGUUUGAGAAGCCGGUCCUGGAGAUUGUCCAUCACAACACCAUCUCCCUGGACAAGCUGGUUGACCAAGCCUGGGUCGAGAUCCUCACCAAGUACGCCGUGGAUGAGGAGUGUGACUUUGAGGUUGGGAAGGACAAGAGCCUGCGUGUGAAAGUGGUGCGGGUCCAUGCCCUGGAGAAGCUGGAGGAUGAAGCUUCGGACAAGAAGCUGGAAGGUGCCUGCGACUCCCCCUCCAGCGACAAAGAGAACUCCAGCCAGGAGAACGAGAAGCAGGAGCCCAUUGUGAAGGAGGAGAGCAGGAGGGACAGUCUCAGUGACCGAGCCCGCAGAUCACCCAGGAAGCUCCCCGCCAGCCUGAAGGAAGAGAAGAAGAAAUGGGCGCCACCCAAGUUCCUGCCCCACAAGUAUGACGUCAGGCUGAUCAAUGAGGAUAAGAUCAUCAGCAGCGUUCCUGCAGAGAGCCUGUUCCGCACUGAACGGCCCCCCAACAAGGAGAUCCUGCGCUACUUCAUCAGACACAACGCCCUGCGACUCGGCGCCGGGGAGAACGCCCCCUGGGUGGUGGAGGACGAGCUGGUCAAGAAAUAUUCCCUGCCCAGCAAGUUCAGCGACUUCCUGCUUGACCCACACAAGUAUAUGAGCCAUAACCCCUCUGCCAAGCGCAAGAGCUUGGGUUCUCUGGACGGGAAGCCCUCAAAGAAGCUGAAGCAAGAGGAGGGAGGUGAAGACCAGGAGGGGCAGAAACACAAAGAGAAGAAGAGGAAGAAAUCCCCUCUCAGCCCCCCCCUUAGCCCCACAUUAUGGAAUCACAUGCAGGUGAAGAAGGCAAUGAAUGGCUCCCCCCUGAAAGUGAAGAACUCUGGCUCCCUCACUGGCAACGGAGGGGAGGGAGAGAUGGAGGGCGAUGUGUUCAUGAAAACUCCCUCCAGGAAGAGAGAGAAGAAGCUUAACGAAACCAAGCAGGGCAAAAGCAGGAAAAGCGGGGCCAAGGUCCUAAAUGGGCAGAAAACACCCAAGAGAGGAAUCAAGCCAGCUAAGAAGCCCAAGAUGAAGCAGAUGACCCUACUGGACAUGGCCAAGGGCACUCCAUCCCGCAGCCCCCAGAAGAGGCUCAAGAGUGGCGGAGGGAGCACCCCCAAACUGGGCAAGCCCUUGCCUCCCAUGGCGCUCCACUUGCUGCGUUACUACAAGGAAAACAAAGGAAAGGAAGACAAGAAGAGUGCCCUGUCCUGCCUCAUCAGCAAGGCUGCCAAGGUGCUGUCUCCUGAGGACCGGGGCCGGCUCCCGGAGGAGCUGCGAGACCUCGUCCAGAAGCGCUGGGAGCUCCUGGAGCACAAGAGGCUCUGGGCAGCCAUGAGCGUGGAGGAGAAGCAGGACGUGAUGCGCAAGAAGCGCGAGGAGGUCAAGGAGAAACUGCGUGAGAAGGCCAAGGAGAGGCGGGAGAAGGAGAUGCUGCAGCGCUUGGAGAAGCUGCGGCGCUACGAAGACCAGGAGCUGACCGGUCGCAGCCUGCCCAAUUUCAAGCUGGUGGACAUGCCUGAGGGCCUGCCCAACGCGCUCUUCGGUGACGUGGCCAUGGUGACAGAGUUCCUGAACUGCUAUGCUGGCUUGCUGAUGCCGGAAGAUCAGUUCCCCAUCACUGCCGUGGCGCUGAUGGAGGCCCUGGCCGCUGAAAAGGGUGGCUUCCUCUACCUCAACAGGGUCCUGGUGAUCCUGCUCCAGACGCUUCUCCAGGACGAGCUGGCGGAGGGGUAUAGUGAGCUGGACAUGGUCCUCUCGGAGAUCCCUCUCACCCUGCACUCCGUCUCGGAGCUAGUCCGCCUCUGCCUGCGCCCCUGGGACGCCCAGGACGAGAGCGCGCAGGGUUCCUCUGCGGGGGACCUGGGGCUGGGUGGUUUCGAUGACGUGGUGAGCAACGAGUUCCUGGAAAAGCUAGAGACGGCGGAGGUUUUCGAGCUGACCCCACAAGAGAAGGUCAGUCUCCUGGUGGCUCUGUGCCACCGCAUCCUCAUGACCUACUCUGUGGAGGACCACGUUGAGACCAUGCAGCAGCGCUCUGCCGAGCUCUGGAAGGAGCGGCUGGCCACGCUCAAGGAGGUCAACGACCGCAAGAGGGCAGAGAAGCAACGCCGCAAAGAGCUGUUGGAGGCCAAGGCAGGAGGAGAAGGGGUGAAGGUAGAAGGAGAUGGAAAUCUGACGACUGUCUCCUCCUCGGGAAAAGCAGACAAAAAGAAACAACCGGCUGGCGGAGAGAAAAAGGAUCUGAACAAAGGGAAGGUGGACGGGGCUCCUGUAGAUCAGGAACCCGAGGAUAUGAUCAGCACAGUGAAGAGCAGAAGGCUGCUUUCCAUCCAGGCUAAGAAAGAGAAAGAGGAAAACGACCGGCUGACCAAGGAGCGGAUGGAGAAGGAGGCAGAGGAGGAGCGGAUUCGCAGACAGAAAGCAGCGGCAGAGAAAGCCUUCCAGGAGGGCAUCACAAAGGCCAAGCUGGUGCUGCGGCGCCUCCCACUGGGGACUGACCGCAACCACAACAGGUACUGGCUGUUCUCAGAUGUAGUCCCAGGGCUGUACAUUGAGAAGGGCUGGGUGCACGACAGCAUUGACUACAGCUUCACUCUGCCCCCCAAAAAAAAGGAGCAGGAUCCAGAAUAUAAACCAGAUGGAGGUGGAGGAGGGGACAACUGCCUGAACGUGAGCGGCCAGCAUAAUGGAGCCGAACUCUGUAUAGAAACCACCGUUCCCAAGCAAGGACAGAACCUCUGGUUCCUGUGUGACACCCCAAAAGAGCUGGAGGAGCUACUGGAGAGCCUGCACUCCCAGGGGGCCCGGGAGAGUGAGCUCAAGCAUCAACUGCAGGACAAGUACCAGGAUGUCUUGCGCUCAAUCUACCUGGCCCGCAAGCCCAACCCGGGGCUGAAGACCUGCGACGGCCACCAGGAGCUGCUCAAGUUCCUGCGCAGUGACAUCAUAGAGGUGGCGUCGCGGCUGCAGAAAGGCGGCCUGGGAUACAUGGACGACAUCACAGAGUUCGAGGAGAGGGUGCGCUCUCUGGAGAAGCUGAAGGAUUUCGGGGAGUGUGUGAUCCCCCUGCAGGAGUGUGUCAUCAAGAAGUUCCUCCAGGGCUUCAUGGCGCCCAAGCAGCAGAAGAGGAGGAAGCAGGGCGGGGAGGAGAGCAGCAGCAAGGCAGAGGAGAUAGACGAGGACAAGAAGAUGGCAGAGGAGGCAAGGGUGGCCUCUGCAGUGGAGAAGUGGAAGACUAUGAUCCGGGAAGCCCAGACCUUCUCAAGGAUGCACGCUCUCCUGGGAAUGCUGGACGCCUGCAUUAAGUGGGACAUGUCGGCCGAGAACGCACGCUGCAAGGUGUGCAGGCGGAAAGGUGAAGACGACAAGCUGAUCCUUUGUGAUGAGUGUAACAAGGCCUUCCAUCUGUUCUGUCUGAGGCCGGCGCUCUACUCCAUCCCUGACGGGGAGUGGCUGUGUCCGUCCUGCCAGCCCGCUAUCGCUCGCCGCUGCUCUCGGGGCAGAAACUACAAAGAGGACACGAGUGAGGAGGAGGAGGAAGAGGAGGAGGAUGAGGAGGAAGAUGACUCUGAGGAGGAAGAUUCGGAGUCUGAUGAAGAUUUCAAGGUGGCAGGGCUGAGCUUGAGGCCUCGGAAAGGUGCCAAGGGUAAACGUUCUGCAUCUUCAUGGGCACAAAAGCAGGGAGGAAAACAGGUGACCAAGAAAAAUUCCCCACAAAACUCCAAGAGCAGCAGGCAAAAGGUGAACCCGGGCAUCCCUGCUGACAUCGAGGAACUGGUGCGGCAAAGCUCGAGACAGGGAGUGAGCAGACAAGCCCUGGAGGUGCAGAGGUGUGAGGAGAUCCUUAAAAAACUGGUCAAGUUCAGAUUCAGCUGGCCCUUCAGAGAGCCAGUGUCUGUAGAGGAAGCAGAAGACUACCUGGAGGUGAUCUCUAAUCCCUUGGAUUUCCAGAGCAUGCAGCGGAAGUGUACAAACGGGGAGUACCGCCAUGCGGCAGACUUCGUGGAGGACAUGAAGCUCAUCUUCUCCAACGCUGAGCAAUACAACCAGCCCGACAGCCAUGUCCUUUCCUGCCUGACCAAGACGGAGCAGUGCUUUGUGGACUUGCUGCACAAACACCUACCGGGCCAGAGCUACACACGUCGUCGGCAACGCAAGAGGAUAAGCGAUACAAGCAAGCAGGAGGAGGAGGAGGAAGAAACAGAGGAGAGCGAGGAGGAGGACAGUCACAAAACUCGGAGUAGCAAGCGGAACAGCUCGUCACACAAGCAAGGGCGUAAGGACAACGAGGAGGAGGAGGAGAGUGAGCAGGAGGACAGCAGGAAGACUCGGCACAGCAAGCGGACAGGCUCGGCACGCAAGCGGUAUGAGGAGGUGGAAGAGGAGGAGGAGGAGGAGGAGGAGAGUGAGCAGGAGAACAGCCGCAAAACUCGGAAAAGCAGACGAACCAACUCUGCUCGCAUUCAGAAACACGACGAAGAGGAGAGCGACGCGGAACAGGAAAGCAGGAAAACACGGCACAGCAAGAGGACGAGCAAGAGAGGGAGAGAAGAGGAGGAGGAGGAGAGCGACAGGGAAAAGAAAACCCUGCAACAUUCCAGAAGGCGUAGACAUAUGUAAUUUUUUCUUUUUUUAAAUCCUUUGUUGGAAACUCAUACCCGACCACCUGACCUGGAUUUUUUUUUUUUGAUAAUUCUUUAUUUUCCUUGUUUUGUAUUUUGUAGAGCUGCUGAUUUAUAUUUGUAUCUAAUGUUUACUCGGACUGUGUUCAGGAGAGAGUCGGUUAAUUCAUUAAGUGCACAGGGAUGGAUAGUCAGAGCUCCUAUACAAUGUUUUUGUAUUUGUAAUUUUUUUCUGCCCUGAGAGUUGAACAGAUUUUUCUUUUUGGGGGGGGUGGGUGCUGGCAGACAUAGGAGCUUUUUAAUACUUUGAGUUUUACAGCUUGUUGGGAUGGGGGCACCCCUCUUUUUGCUAUCAAGGGUAUCAUGCCUCCAUUCCAAUGGAAGGGUCCUGCUUGUAUGUUAAAUGUGGAAGAUUGAGUUCAGAGAGGUGGCGUGCAGUGCUGCUUGCUGCCCUCGUACAGACUCUACAAGCAACAUCAGCAGCAUCUCCAAGGGCUUGCUCAUCGGAUCCGUCCUCAUGCCCACUGAAACUGAUGGUGUGAUUUGACGUGGUGCUUGCAAACUGUUCAGGUGUACACUCGUUCAGAUCCUCAGUGUGAGACAGGGGUAUUUCCACAUGUGAAUCUAUAUCUAUGCUCUCGAGUUGGGAACUGAGACAGACAGGAGGUUUUUGGGGAGGGGGUCAGGAAGUCGGAUAGACUUUUUUAUAGCAAUUUUUUAGAGCAAUUUUACAUAUAGUUGCCAUUUCCAAGCGAUGUCCUAAGUGCAAGCAACGGUUUGCGCAAAAGUGAGGCAAAGAUUGCUUGACCAUGUUAAGUUGGCAGGAGAAGAAAAAAGGAAAGUUGGCACUUAUUUAAAAAAAGGCGGCAGCCAUGUGUCUUCCAUCUCGGCUUUUGCCAGCAGAUGUUGCUGUUGGUCUGCAAUGUUUUUUGAAGUCCUCUAUUCAAUACUGAGAUUUUACAUUAGGCUUAUAGGAGGCAAGUUUGUGGUAUGUGUCAACUUUUAAGGAUCCUACCUUGGUUAGAGAGAUAAUCGGGCCCUUUACUAGUGUGCCUGUUUAGCAGCCUGAACAGUGUCUUAACCUGCCAGCAGAGUAACAAUGUUUAAAACAAAACCCCUCAACUUGCACCUUUUCUGUUUGGUAGUUUGUUAUGCAGAUGUUUUGAACUAAGAAAAAAAAAAUUCUAUUUGUGAAAUCCUUUUAAUAAAACAGAUGGACACAAUGUUGUACAGAAGACAUGUUUUUUUUGUAAUACCACCUCUUUUGUGCUGUUUUGAUCUUGGUUGGUGUUGUACAGAACUACCCCAUAGAAUUGUACAGAACUAGUCAGUUACACCCCCCCCUUCUCCCUUAAGCUUAUGUACCAGUGAAAAAAACUCCUAGGUUUGCAAGAAAUUCUCCACCCCCACUCCACCCACUCGCAUCCACCUGUUAUUCCUCUUCUCCCAUUCUCCAGCUCGGGGCCUGUAUAGUUUUGUGUUCAAGAAAGAACAUAUUAAAAAAACAAAUAAAUAAAGAA